GGAUCCCACCCCUUCUCUGUGUUUUCACUCUGCAGCUCUACACAACUUUACACCUGAAUGAACGCCAAACCUCUGUGGAUAUAUAAAGGAACCUUGAGGAGGAAUUUCACAGUUAGAGGCAGAAGCAGAGGGAAAGGCAUUAACCAGCUCUUUAGCCAAGCAAACCCUCAACUCACCAUGCUUCCUCCUGCCAUUCAUUUCUAUCUCAUUCCCCUUGCAUGCAUCCUAAUGAAAAGCUGCUUGGCUUUUAAAAAUGAUGCCACAGAAAUCCUUUAUUCACAUGUGGUUAAACCUGUUCCAGCACACCCCAGCAGCAAUAGCACGAUGAAUCAAGCCAGAAAUGGAGGCAGGCAUUUCAGUAACAGUGGACUGGAUCGGAACACUCGGGUUCAAGUGGGUUGUCGGGAACUGCGUUCCACCAAAUACAUCUCUGAUGGUCAGUGUACCAGUAUCAGCCCUCUGAAGGAGCUGGUUUGCGCUGGUGAGUGCUUGCCCCUUCCAGUGCUCCCUAACUGGAUCGGAGGAGGUUAUGGAAAAAAGUACUGGAGCAGGAGGAGUUCCCAGGAAUGGAGGUGUGUCAACGACAAAACGCGAACCCAGAGAAUCCAGCUGCAGUGUCAAGAUGGAAGUACACGCACCUAUAAAAUCACGGUGGUCACCGCCUGUAAGUGCAAGAGGUACACUCGACAGCACAAUGAGUCCAGUCAUAACUUCGAGAGCAUGUCACCUGCCAAGCCAGCCCAGCAUCACAGAGAGCGAAAGAGAAGCAGCAAAUCCAGCAAACACAGCAUGAGUUAGAACUUACACUCUCAUAACUGGACUCACUAGUAACCAUCUGCUUUACAGAUUUGAUUGCUUGAAAGACUCAAGCCUGCCAUUGCUAUUUUCUCACUUGAAAAUGUAUGCUUUCUGCUUUGAUCAAACCCAGCAAGUUGUCCUAAGUAUCAGGACCUUCUCUGGAAAUAGCUUUCCCUUUUCAAGUUUUUCAAGAUGUAUGCAUAUCCAUGAGUGCAGUUUGCAUUUAAUUUCCAUGAAUCCUAUAUUUGUAAUUCCCUGGGGUCUUAAUAAACUGGUGUUACUAUUUACAUCACUAAAUCAUUAUUUUCUGAAGGGGAAAAAAAACCUGUUACCUUUCAUCCCCCUAAACCAUGCCUCCCCCCCAACAAAACCCAUUCAAAACUGAAAAGAUAUAAAAAAAAUGUUGCCUUGAACACCAACUUUUCAGAAAGGUGUUCUAUUGGUAAUCUUCAUAGCAACAAUUUAUCAGUUGUGACUAGUCUCCCUUUCAAAGAGUGAAAGACUGUGAUAUUUCACUUCAAAAAAUAAGCCCUGUAGCUUUUCACAGUCUUACUAUAUGAAAUUAUACCCUGCAUGCUGACCCUCGCUUGGAAUGGAAUGCCAGAAAUGCAUGGCAGCAGCUAAUAAGUAAAGCUGAUUAACUAUUUAUUUGUCAUUGUUAUUAUUUAAGGAGCUUCACGUGUGAUUUUUUCAAAAUACUGAUUUUUUAAAAAAUGUUUUGAAGCUUUUUCAUUAUCUAAAUAUUUUCCUGUAUGAUUUGUGGUUGACCUAGAAAUAUGAGAAUACUUGUAGAUAUGUAAAAUAAAUAUUUUAGCUUCUUUAUUUCAUGUACGUUUCAUCAUGAACUUUGUCAAUGUUAUGGAUCUUUAAAAUCAGUAAGAUGCUUUGUAAAGCUAAAGUAUGUAAUAAUUUCUUGUUUAAUCUGUGCAAUGAGAAGGUAACUUGACCUUCAAUUCCACUGGUUUCUUUUAACACUAAUAAACACUCCUAAAAAUUG